AUGUCGGCCCCCAAGAAUAACAACAACACGAUCCCCAACUCGCCCAUCCUCAUCCACCCCUCCAUCGCCUCCCUCCAUGCCUGGCGCCGUCCCCUCGUCGAGGCCCACCGCACAAUCGGCCUCGUGCCCACCAUGGGCGCCCUCCACGCAGGUCACAUCGCCCUGAUUCGCGCCGCCGCCCGCGAGAAUCACCACGUCGUCGUCAGCAUCUACGUCAACCCCGCCCAGUUCGCCCAGACCGAGGACCUGGACACGUACCCCUCGACCUGGGACGCCGACUGCGAGGCACUCCGCCGCGUGGACCGCGAACUGGCCGGCGACGGCGGCAACCUGGGCCGCGUGAGCGCCGUCUUCGCCCCGCGCACGGCGGAGAUGUACCCCAGCGGUUUCCCCGGGCAGGAGGUCCACUCCAAGGGCAGCUUUGUGACCAUCACGCCCGUCGGGGAGGUGCUGGAGGGUGCCUCGCGGCCGACCUUUUUCCGCGGCGUGGCGACCGUGUGCAUGAAGCUGUUCAACAUUGUGCAGCCAACGCGGGUGUACCUUGGCCAGAAGGAUGUGCAGCAGACGGUGGUGCUGCGGCGCAUGGUGCAGGACUUUAUGAUGCCGCUGGAGACGGUGGUCGUGCCGACUGAGCGUGAUGCCAAGGACGGCCUCGCGCUGAGCUCGCGAAACGUGUACCUCGGUGUCCGGCGGAGGAAGGUGGCUGUCGUACUGUGGAAUGCGCUGUGCGCGGCGGAGAGCGCGUACAAUGGUGGCAAGACGCUCUCGAGAGAGGAGAUUCUCCGCCCGGCGAAUCAGUUGCUGCAACAAGUCCUGUCCGAGCAAAAGGCGCUGGGCCCCGAGGAGAGGACGCUGUUCGAGGUGGACUAUGUCUCCCUCGCUGACCCGGACACCAUGCAGGAGGUCGAUGCGGUUGAUCCCGCCAAGGGUGCCGUGCUCAGUGGCGCCAUCAAGAUGCUGCCCGUGGAGAAGGCAGCGCCAGGCGAAGACCUGGGCCACGGCGACGGGCCAGCGGUGCGCUUGUUAGACAACAUCAUCCUCCGACCUGUCGAGAAGGAUAUGUAG